UAAUCGAUAAGAAUUGACCGAAAAUAUUUUUCGGGACUUUUCCGGUAAUACUUAUGUAAAUUUUUAAUAGUCACUUUUUACGGUAAAAGUAUAGUUUAUUGAAAUAGAGGCAAUUGCGCCUUCCCACAAUUCACUUACCAUACAUUCGAACUAAAAGUACAUCAAGGUCGCAUUUGCAACAAUGGCUGCUCAAACUACUGAUCAGCAGAAUGCCCUUAAAGACGCUAUGGCUCGUGCCAAACAGAUUGCUGCAAAGCUGCAACAACAACAAUCAUCUGGAACUCCUCUUGAUAACUAUUUGGAGUAUGAUGACUCUCGAAAAAGAAGCUAUCAAGAUUUUGCACCAUCUGAGCCUUUUCCAAAGCGAAUGACAAUAGAAGGAGCUGUAGACCACUCUGACCCUAAAAUUAUAGCACAGCAAGUUGCAAACAGUCUUGUACAAAGAGCUGGUAUAGGCUCCAUGUUAGUUGAAGAUGUUUCUAUUCCAAAUAAACUCGUUGGUUUAGUCAUCGGUCGCGGAGGGGAAAUGAUAAAUAGAUUACAAUCUGAUUCUGGCGCUAAAAUACAAGUUGCUCCAGAUCCACCACCAAACAUGAUGGAUAUUGAUCGUCAAAUAACUAUAACUGGUUCCAGCGAAGCUGUGAGUAAAGCUAAACAGCUAAUCGAACAAAUAAGAAAUGAGGGAAAAGUACCAGAAAGAUUGAUGCUUGCUGCAAAUUUGCCUGGAGAGUUUUCAAUUGAAAUGAAAAUUGCUGCUGGUAAAGUGGGACUUGUAAUCGGAAAAGGUGGUGAAACAAUAAAGUCUCUUCAGGAAAGAGCAGGCUGUAAAAUGAUUCUCUUUCAAGAUGGUGAAUAUGCGCAGGCUGCAGAAAAACCACUCAAGAUAAGCGGAGAACAAUCUAAAGUUUUAUAUGGCAAACAAUUGGUUCAAGAUUUAAUCGUAUCUAAAGAAAUUGAGGCUGACAAAACUUCGUGCUACAUAUUUAAUCAAUCACCUUAUACAUCAGACAUUACGUCAAUGGUGCCUAAUCCAGGAGAUCCUGAUCAAGUUGGCUACGAGGAGAUACAAGUACCUCGUGAAGCUGUUGGAUUUAUAAUUGGAUCAAAAGGAGCUAAUAUUAAUAAUAUUCAACAAAUGACUGGUUGUAGAAUUCAAUUUAAAAAUGAAAUGGAAGGUGAAUUCAAAACAGCUACACUACAAGGCAAUCCUCAAGCUAUAGUUAUGGGUAGAGAAAAGUUGCUUGAAAUACUGCAAGCUUAUCAAGAUAGAGUCAAUGGUACAGGAGGAACGUUUCAGUGGCGCAGCCCAAGACCAAUAGGAAUGACCACUGCAAGACCUGGUUGGGUUACACCUGGUGUACCCGGACAUUUUGCUACUGCUAGACCGGGUUGGCCUGGCCAUCAAGUUGGGCCAAGAGCUUGGGUUCCAAGAGUUCCGGGGCAAUAUAUACCAAGAGCAGCAGGAGGUUUAGGAGGUAGCAGUAUUCUGCAACCUGGUCAUAAACAUAUGGAAAUUGAUGUUCCGGCAAAUAAAUGUGGUUUAAUUAUUGGAAAAGGUGGAGAAACACUUAAAUAUAUGCACACAGAAACUGGAAUAAACAUAGAAAUAAAAAGAAAUGUUCCGGAUUCAUCCCCUUUUCGUACAUUUAAUUUAAGAGGAACUGAUGAACAAAUCUCUAAAGCUGAAACGUUUAUUAGAGAAAAAGUUGGAGAUCAGUCUCUUACAGCUAAACCUGCUUCUGAAACUGAUGAUCAAAAUGCCAAUCAAGGAAGCAGGUGGGGUCCUCCACAACACAAUAGCCAAUGGGCAACACAAGCCACUCAGCAAUGGGACGGUCAAGCUGUUUGGACUCAACCUCAGCAAGACCAAUGGGGCCAGCAGGGGGCAUGGAAUCAACAGCAACCUGUAACUUGGAACCAACCAACAGCUAAUGGUGUGUGGGCUCCACAGCAACAAUGGCAACAACCUAAUGCUCAGUGGCCAGCUCAACAACAACCAUGGGGACAACAACAAACACCUGGUACAGAAGUUACAAAUGUAGAAGUCCCUGCAACUGACACAACUGCUGCACAAACAGGUUCUCAGCCAGACUAUAGUGCAGCAUGGGCGGCCUACUAUCAGCAACAAAAUCAAUACUAUCAGCAGUAUAUGCAACAACAAACACCUGGUACUCCUGCUAAUACAAACCCAGCUGGAACAGCUAAUCCAGCUGGAAAUCAAGCUGCUGCUAUGGCAGAUUACCAAGCUAAGAUGGCAGAAUACUAUAAAUCCUUUGGUCAACAACCGCCUACUCAAUAACGCUUACAUAGAGAUAACAACAUAUUGAUGUCGUUACAUUGCAAUUAUUAUACUGUUCUAUUCUAUGCUUGUCGCUUAUGUUAAUAUGCAUGUCAUCAAAUACGCUUGCAUUUAAACUGAUUUGAUUGCUGUGAACAUUUUCCUACAUAAAACUAUUAUUGAAUUAAAAGAAGAUAUUAAUGGAAAUAUAAAUCUACUACAAAGAUUAAAUGACUGUAGCCCAAUUUUGUAUAGUCUUUGUUAUUCUUAGUUUUUUAAGGUGUCAUUAACAAGAAAGAUAAAACUAGUUUUGGC